GACUCCCCUGGAUUUGUGUUUCCUGGAUUCCCGCCCCCGGGUGACCCGGCGUUCACCCAUUCUCACUCUCGCCGGCGCUGCUACCUCACCUCCCCUGUUGGACGUGAUGCCUCGCAAGCAUUGUUCGUUGGCGAAAAACCACCGCAGGCUUGGUGCGGAGAUUACAUUGCGUACUUAAUUGCGAGUGCCGGAGAGGUGAGAUGAUCGUAGUGGCGAGUGCGGUUAAGCGGCGAGGAAUUGGACGGAGUUGAAUGCGCCUGGGUGUGGCGCGCGCGUUGUAGGGGAGAAUUGGCGGUAGGUGGAGUUUGUCGGUGGCGAAGCUGAGGGGGUUUUUAUACGUUGAGAGGGGGUUUUUGGACGGAGGAAUGCGAUCUUCGAGGGCUUCGGAUGAGAGGAACCGGUGUGUGGAAACUCGUCUGCGAUGGACAUGGAGAUUGAGUGUGGUUUUGGAAGGGGAGGAAACCGGGUGAUGCAGGUGGAGAGGCGGAAGGACGUGGAGCUAAGGAUGACGGAUCCGCGUUGGCUUUCUGCCUUGCUUGGAGAGUGAGAGUGGAUUGCUUGAUUGAUUGCUGAGGUCUUGAUCACGAAGGCUUUCUUCUCCAGGUGGCGGUUCGCCCUGCUUGGAUGGUAAAUGUUACCAGUUGCAGAGAGUGGGAUCCAUUCGUACCCGCUCGAAAAUCUUGGCUUCGGACUCCUCGCUGCAGUUGUGCGCGGGCGAGGCUCGGUUUGGCUUGCGUGUAGGUCAAGUGCGGGUUAAGCAGCUUGGUCGAAUUUUUUUCGAAGUGUUGAGUGGUGAAGGGCAAUUAAUCCAUGCAAGACCUCGUCAAGGAAUGAGGUUGGAUGCUGGCUUGAUGGACACAAUGGCUCCACUUGCUUGGCCUUAUUCUGUUAAAGCUGAAGUUCAAGUGGAGGAGACCUCAUGUUGCAGUUUUUUUUUUUUUUUUUUUUUUUUUUUUCUCAUUCAGGAUAGUCUCAUACUUCUGUCCGUCACUUAGCUAUACAAUCGAAGGGAUUUUACCGAGCUUGAAGCCUGGUCGGAACAUAUAUCGUCGUUUGGACAGGUGAUCCUGCAGCACAAUAGGACUAUAUCUGUCUGUCUCCUCGAGGAUGGUAUUGGUACAAUUCUCCCGCACCGUCAUGCCAUUAGGUUUCAAUCAUGCGAAAGUAGAUAUAUGGAAACCAUGUUGGAUAAUUAGGCGAGGAGCGUUGAAAGAAUUAUAAUAGGGAAAGAAAGAGAAUACGAAAUCGCGAUGGUGCUAGCUGCAAAGUCUACAGGGUGAACUACUGGGAUUAAUGGCCUAGAAUCAGAAGGCAGGUGAGGACGUAGACAGUAUGAGUACAACAUAUCCGAUUGAAUGCAGCUCGAGAUUCAGGAAAAGCCACUGUAGUAGUAGUGGCGGUGGUAGUAGUAGUAGUGGUAGUGGCAUUGAGAUGAAGCGUUCGUUACCAGUGUCCACCUCGUAUGGAGGUUCUUCUCCGUCGCCAAGGGAUAAUGUUGUCAUUUCCUCCUCUGACCGUGGAGAUGAGCGAGAGAGCGGAUUCAAGACUGACAAAAAUGGACAAUCGAGACGCAUGAAAGCUAGACCGAGGACUCGGGCAAAUGGCGGUGAGCAUCUGGAUGAUGUAUCAUAUUCUAAGACUUUUGAGCGUCUGGUACAGCUGUCUGAACUCGAAGAAGAGGUUUUAUUAUUGCAUAAACGAUUGGCGGUGGAACUUGAGUUACGUGCAGCGUUGGAAAGUGCGUUGGGACUUGCUUCAAGGAACUUGACAAAUUUGCCACGUCAUAUUCCAAUUUAUGCUCAGGAACUCUUGGCUAAUAUCACAUUGUUGGAGGUAGCCGUUUUGAAAUUAGAGGAGCAGUUCUCAGUUCUACAAAGUGAAGUAGGACAUGCACGCACGGAGAGGGAGAUAGCUGAGCUUAGACAUUCCUCAGCACAAAGCGCAAUUUUUAGAUUGAAGGAUUCCAAUCUGCGCUUCGUUUCUUCUGGUUUUAAUGGAACUCUUCAAAAUGAUCACACUUUUGGAUUACCUGGCACCGCACCUGAGCCUCAGAACCAACACUUGUCGGCAGUUGCAACUCCAGUAUCCAUGCGGUCGAACCCCACAUUUGGUGUUUCCACGAUUGAGCAAGAGUCAGGGCUUCAUAAACCUCAGGAAAGUUUGAAGGAUCUUCGUAUAGCUAGUCCAGAGUUUCCUGAAGGCGAUCAUGAAACCAUAUCACCCUGGUACUUGCCUCAUGCAUGUGAUCUAAUUAACGAUGGACGGGGCCUGAGACUCGACUCACUUUGGAAGCAUAACCCUCUGGAGGAGGAAGAACACUGGAUACCUCUAAAUGAGCGUCAUCCUAAAGCAAUAUUUGAUGAUGUUGACUCUAGCGCUUCUCAAGAUUUUAAUAGAGACCACUAUCUUGCGCCGGUCCCUAGUGCAUCACAUGAGGAUUCUUCUUGUUUUUCACCUGCUAUUACUGCUAAACCUUUGCGGGAACAGGGUCCGUACAUGGUUGGUAUUGCUAAAGCUGAUGGCAUUUCUUUCCUGCCGGUAGCUGAAGUUCUUUGGAAACCUUCGACGGUAAAACCUUCGGCGUUUUCGAAAGGUUUCAAAAACGAAAUCCCGGUCACGGCAGCACUGGCAACCAAGCCCGACUCGUGGAGCUUCACGUCUGAAGAUGAUCACCCUCGAUUUGAGAACGGCUGCAUUUCUAACACAAUAGUUACUAAGGAUCAGUCUUGGGCACAAAUAGCUGAAACUCCUUCUGUUGAUGAGCGAGGAAGGAAAAACCGGAUUGGCAUUUUGAAGGUUCGUGAGAUGCGUCGUCAGGGUACCCUGGUCAAAAAUUCUGAGAAGCUCGUUCUCUGGCAGGGUAAAUCUGGUGGCAUUCCUUUUCCGAUAAAUUCACCUGUACAUACCGAAGGGCAGAAUGAGAAUGGGUAUGAAAUACAGAAGACUCCUGAGAUAGAAAAGAAUUUCGACCUCUUUGCAUCAUUCAAGAAGCCCAACGAGCUUUCGGAACUAAUGGUGCGAUGCAUGAUCAGUAUAUAUCGGCAACUUGCUCACUCAAACAUUAAAACUAAAGUGUCUCCCACUUCAACUUCUACACCAAAGACAAAUCCAUCUGCUUCCUCGCUCGCUGAAUCAUCUUUUUUAUCAGUUGCUCGGAGCCCUCUUGUAGACCUUCGUAGCAAGACGGUGUUGGGAAAUGACGACUCUCCUGACCCUUUCAAAGCAAGGGAUAAAAUUCCAUGGGCAGACAUAGGUCCGUAUGCCCACGUGUUGGAGGUAUCGUGGCUAUCUGUGGGCAAGGACCAGCUAGAAUUCGCGGCAGACGCUCUGCGAACUUUCAAGAAAUUGGUGGAGCAACUGUCGAAAGUGGAUCCUUCGCAUUUGAAGCACGAAGAAAAGCUCGCAUUCUGGAUCAACCUGUAUAACACUCUUUUGAUGCAUGCUUAUCUGGCUUACGGCAUUCCAAAGAGUGACGUGAAGUUCUUAGCUUUGCUUCAGAAGGCAGCUUACACUGUGGGAGGAUAUUCGUUUAACGCUGCCACGAUGGCGUUCUGUCUUCUCAGGUCGAAGUCAACAGCCCAUCGAUCUCAACUUUGUGGGUUAACAACUGAAGGAGGCCUAAACACUUUUUCCGUGAUUCAGACCAUCCUAAAGGACCUACACAAGAACAAUCUCACCAAGAAUCAAAGUAAAUUUGGAAUCGACCACCCGGAGUCGCUUGUCAGCUUUGGAUUGUGCAGCGGCACUCGAUCGUCACCCGUGGUUCGAGUCUACACAUCUGAACACGUGAAAUCACAGCUUGAGGGUGCGCUCCUUGACUACACCAGGGCGGCAGUAGGAAUCUCAACAAAGGGCAGACUUUUAGUCCCCAAAUUGCUACACGAUUAUGCUCGUCAGUGUGUAGAAGAUGCUGAUCUCUUGGAUUGGAUAUGCCACCUACUUCCAAGCAACCAAGUAGCUGUUGUAUUUGAGUGCAUUCAACAACGGAGGCAUCGUAUUCUCGGAUCUAGAAAUUUCACCACUUUACCGUACGAUUUCACCUUCCGCUACCUAUUUCCUGCGGAGGCAGGUUCAAAGUGGUCUAAUUCUCAGCAAGCUACUAUGAAGUAAAUGCUGCGUCAUGAGAGCUGAAAAUAGUUUAGUUUUUAGCUUGCUGCGCACAGGGUCAAAUACUUAUAUGCAGUAGAGUUUACUAUUGCAUGAUUGCUACUGAAAAGCAUUGGAUUCCUGUUAGACCGGUUCAUAAUAAUUCUCCUCUACUCUUCUUAAGGGUGUAGAAAUUAGGACAAUGAUACGCUGUAUAAUGUCUUCAGUAAUACCCAGAAUAGAUUUUUCUUAGAUCCGUCCUGUUUAAUUUCUGGUGGAUCCCAUUCUAUAUGAAAUGUAGGGCUUAUUGCACCCUGUAACAAUGUGUAAAAUAGAGUGCAGACGAAAGAACCAACAAGAAAAUGACUAGUUCUGCCUCCUUGCAACCCUCUGGGGCUGUUCUAUAGUUCAUGGCUUUCCCAUGUAACAGGGACAUAGCUCAAGCGGUUUGAGGGGCAUCUUUGCUACUUCUAUGUCCAUUCCAUUUAUGGAUCA